ACACGUGUGUGUGUUUUUGUUUUAAUGUUUAAUGUUUUACUUCCCAAACGACUCCGGCCCAUUUCAAAAAACACUCUUAGCUCGUACGGCUUGGUGAGUCCCCAUCUUCCUAUAGCUGCAUCUUGUCUAGCUUCGCCACGUUGUGCUGUGAAUAGCUAAUUUUUUUUACAAUAGUCAAACGGUUUCCCCACUUUACGAAUGCUCUCGCUGGAAUUAGGCGGACGGGAGACGUCACAAACUCUAAUUCCAUCUGCACAGUGUGAUACUAUUUGAAUACGUGUAUUAGAUAGACAGACACGAAGAGAACGAACGAAGACGCUCGAAGAUUAAAUGUAUGGAACGGGGUGGCGAAGGCACAGAGACUAUUACUUUGUAAGUGCAGUGAACGACACGGCGGAUCGAGAGAACGGUGAUCUAGCAGGUGAUCGCCUUUGCCUCCCGAUCGGGACGGUGAGUGCAGCUAGCGGUGUGCAGUUUUCAAUUGAAGGCCUUCCAUCAAUUGCGAUCAAACAUUGAUUAAACACAUUAAAAACUCUCAUAAAUCGGUCAAGCCACCCAUGUGGAAUGGCGACAAAUCAUCGACAAAUGAGGGCAAUAAAACGAAACGCCCUCAGUGACACGACACAACGAUCCGAUAUGACCUCAACAAAGACAACAGCGACACUCAAGUGCAAUUCCCGGAUGUGUUUGUGGUUUAUGCUUUGGUAUCUAUGUUGCGCACUUUCCUCGGCACAAGAACUCUCCCUCGUAAGCCACUCGACCGAUGAAAACCAGUUAAAAACCGUCGAUCCAAGUACGGAGAUCAGUGCUGAUCUUCCACUUCCAAUCGUCAUGUUGCCGAUCGAUGCCAAUCAAACCAACCACGAUACCUUGGAGAUAACACCAAGACGACACAAAACUCGACGAAAGGGCACAGGUAGCAGUGGUAGCAGCAGCAGUUCGCAUCGUAGCAAACCGAAAAAACGAAAAAAUGCCAUGCAGCUGGCAUUGCAAUCGGCCGCACGCAAGGGCCUGGAAGCGAUGAUCGAGCUUUAUGAUCGAGCUGAGCCGAAUCUGUUGAAACGAGGUGCUGUUUUGGACGCAAACGAUCCAGGUGCACUGUUGGCGCAGUUUAGUGCCUCGAACCAGACGGAGAUGGAUGCCAAAGCCGCCUACGCAACCCUUAUCGCUGCGAAAACGUUCAAAGAAAGCACCAACGUGGAGUAUGUCGCGCUCGGACGGCAGGCACCGCCCAAAAUAUCGCUGAAGAAAACGCCGCUGGAAAAGCUGUGCCCAUCGCGGGAAGCGCCACGCUGCGUGCCGGCAAGCCUGCGCUACAGGACGCACGACGGGACGUGCAACAAUGCGCGGCGGCCGCGCUGGGGCUCGGCCCAGAUGCCGUUCCAUCGGUUUCUGGCGCCGGAAUAUCAGGACGGCGUCGAGGGCAUACGGCGGUCCGUUACUGGUGCAACGCUACCCUCGGCCCGCUUCGUCAGCCUCGUGGUACACGGCUCGCGCAACGAAGAAGCGCCCGUGACGAUGAUGCUGGCCCUCUGGGGACAGCUGAUCGAUCACGACAUUACGGCCACCUCCCAACCGCGCAGCAUUAACGGUUCCACGCCGCGCUGCUGCAACGGCGGCGAAGAGAGUACCCAUCCCUCCUGCCUACCAAUCAAGGUCCCACAGGACGACCCCUGGCUGUCCCAUCUCGGUGUGCGCUGUCUGGAGUUUCUCCGCUCUGCCCCGGCCCAGCGGCGCGACUGUCUCCUAUCCUGGCGCGAGCAAACCAACCAGGCCACCUCCUUCCUGGACGCAUCGCCCAUCUACUCGAGCAAUCCGCGCUCGUCCGACAAUGCACGGAUCUUUCGCAACGGCAUGCUGCUGUUCGGGCGCGGGCCACCCCACGAAGACGUCUGCUUUCGGGCGGCGCUUGCCAAUCAGUGCAUACGGCCCGGUGACAGCCGGAGCGGCGAGCAGCCGGGCCUGCUGAUGAUGCACAUGAUAUGGGUGAACGAGCACAACCAGAUCGCGACGCGGCUCGCCGACAUUAACCCGCACUGGAGCGACGAGAAGGUGUACCAGGAGACGCGGCGCAUCGUCGGCGCACUGUUCCAGCACAUCACCUACCGGGAGUUUCUGCCGCUGGUGCUCGGGAAGGAGGUCUGCCGGCUGUUUGACCUGGAGCUGGAGACGAGCGGGUACUAUCGCAACUACGAUGCCAACGUGAACCCAACCGUGGCGAACGAGUUUUCGGCCGCCGCCUUCCGGUUCGGCCACUCGCUCAUCCAGAGCACGUACAUGCGGGCGGAUCGCCAUCACCGGUUUAUCGCGAACAAUGUCAGCCUGCACGAGGACACUUCGGAGGGGGACUUUGGUGGGCCGGGCUCGCUGCACCGGUUGCUGCGCGGCAUGGUGAACCAGCGGGCACUGAAGCGCGAUGAGUUCAUUACGGCCGAGCUGACGAACCAUCUCUUCCAGACCAAAAGUUUCCCAUUCGGGCUCGAUCUGGCCGCCAUCAACAUCCAGCGGGGCCGCGAUCAUGGACUUCCGGCGUACGUCAAUUGGCGUGGACCGUGCGGUCUAUCGACGAUUAAGGACUGGUCCGACUUGGAGCGCGUCAUGGGCCCGGCGUCAACGAAUCGUUUGCGCAAGGCUUACCGUACCAUAGAUGAUAUUGACCUGUUUGUCGGUGGUUUGGCGGAACGUCCGGUAGUUGGUGGUAUCGUAGGUCCCACCUUUUCCUGCAUUAUUGCGCAACAGUUUAGCAAUCUGCGCAAGGGUGAUCGGUUUUGGUACGAAAAUCCGGGCUUUGAAUCAUCGUUUACCCCUGCCCAGCUCGAAUCGAUCCGACAGAUUGGUUUUGCGCAGGUCCUUUGCCGAGCGCUCGGAGGAGGCGGUACACUGCAACCGUUUGUGUUUUUGCCGGCCGAUUUUGGUCAGAAUGAGAGACUUUCGUGCGAAUCAAGACUGAUGGCGCCGAUCGAUCUGACGCCGUGGAAAGAACGCGACCCAUUCAACAACGACACUGGGGACGAAGACGAGGACGAAGACGAAGAUGACGAAGACGAUGACGAAGCGACAGUAGCUAACGGUACGGCAUCUACGACCGACCUAGAGACUGCACAAUCCUCGACCUUUUCCUCAACUACAACCACCACACGACGGCCCACACUGGUGGCCGAGACCUCCAGCAACGUCAUCAACAAGGUAGACCUCAUUACGAACGGCAACACCGGUGUACAACCGAACCGACAGCGACCUCAAUCGUCGACACUGACUGUGGGACCAACCGUGAUCAUAAGCAACAAAGUGGACUUUACUCCAUCGACAUCGACGCGACCGAAACCAACGGCACAAUCGUCGACCGCGACGGCCAUUGACAACAAACUCGACCUGAAGGUGACGACAAAACCCACCCCGAAACGUAAACCUACCCGUAAACCGACCACAAAGAAACGACCGACAACUUCCUCUGCCACCAAACCGCUAGUGACGAGCAAUUUGGACUUUUCACGCAACGUAAACGGUACGGUAACUUCGGACGCAGACUCUACCGAACGACAGCGACAACUUGCGCGCACUAAACGAGCGACGACUAAUAUUAGGGAGCAGGAGGCACGCUACGGAUACUAUCAGACACCUGCACCACCUACAGACUACAGUGACUAUGACGAGGAUUACAAUACGGACUACGAUCUACCGCCACCGUACCUUGCCUAUGGCUACCAUCGACCAACUACCAAGACGACGACGACUACUACUACUACGAAACCACCACCACUACCGUACGGGUACUAUCCCCCAUACGGAGGAGGCUACUAUACGGCCCCACCGACGCCACCUCCACCUCCUCCUCCACCCAACCCUUACUUUGACACUCGCAGACCGUUACGCACCACGACCCCACGACGGCGACUGUCGGACAAACUGACGCUAAACAUCGACGCACCACAGCACAAUACACCACAGCGACCACGCACGUCAACGUUCCGACCACCGACCGACAAUAAUCCUCACAAAACACCUUCCAAUAAACCUUUCAAACCAUCCUCACUCGCUCAAACUUCUGUCUUUUCUGUGGACUUUAAAAGCCUUCCCACUGCGGGACGUAGCCUAUACACUAACAGUAGUGCCGCUCUGAAUGAUACUGUCCUUUUCGCUACUGCUAUUAACACUACUCUCUCCAAAGACGACUCUACUGUGCUUUCUCGAACUGCUGCUACACCCUCUGGGGUUUCCACUUCCGGGGAUCUUCCUAUGAAACUUUCCGAAUCUUUCUCUAGCUACGAUUACGACAAUGACUAUGACGAUGCGGUACUGAAUCCUACCCGACAUACGUCCACUUCUACCAAUGACAAUGACAGUGACCGACUCACAAUACUACCGCUUGACGAACAUGACGGAUACUUGCGACCGGAGCAGACACACUUUGAACCUCUCGUACGCCCAUCCGUAGUUAGUACUGGACAGACUUACCGAAACUAUUAUGGGACAAACGGAACAACGCAAACAAGACACUACGCUGACUAUAUGAACGGACAAACCUCUGGACCGUUGUACCGAGACGCAACAGAAAACUAUCACCGAUACGCACCGGCUCAUCACGAGCAAUUACUACUAGACGACUACUCAGACAAGUACGUUGGUUUCUUACUGAACGGGGGAAAACGAGACAAGGACAAUGGACCAAUCCUGACCAGAACGAAACAUAAUCGACCGAGAAUGAUUGACGGCGACGACUGGACGGGCAAAGACAGUCAGCCGGACCAACGUGCAAUACGUGACGACACGGGCAAAGACAGACGAACGUCGGUGACGAAACAGAAACACAAACGACCGACCAACCAUCGACUGAAGACAUCGACCAAAAAACCGAGUGCCAUCUCGUUGGUACCAUUCGUACUGCUGACCAGCAUAGACAGACCAGACAACUGGGUGAUGUACCAUUCCAAACCAUCAAAACAUCGCAAACCUCCGGCGGCUGUGCCACUGCUGAAGAGUGACACCUUCUCGCUUAGCGAGUUCCCUACUCCCAUUGCCGACCCGGAUUGAACUGAAGCGUUAGCAAACGUUUCUGUCCCACUUCCUAUGCAUUUCCAUGACUUUCCAUGACUACCUUACAGCGUAUUUAACAUUAUUAUCAUCAUAUGGUUAACUAUUUAUUCCACAACUUAACAUAAUUUUAUUGCAAGAUAAAUCGCAUAUCAUAUACGAA